AAAACGUGAUCCGAGAGAACCAGUGGGGAGGUGCAGACAUCCGGCGUGGGGGAGAUCCUGUCCUCAGAAGUAACCUGAUCUGCUGUGGCUAUUCAGAUGGAGUGGUUAUCGGAGAACGAGGAAAAGGACUUGUAGAAGGAAACACCAUUUAUGGUAAUAAGGGCUGUGGUGUCUGGAUAAUGUCGUCCAGCCUUCCCCAUGUUACCAACAACCAAAUAGGGCACAACAGCAUCUAUGGCAUCGCAGUGUUUUGCCGCAAAGACGAUGCUAAUGAUUAUCUUGUCAACCAAGGAGGCAAUGAGAACUUCAAUGAAGAAGGAGAAGCAGCCAACUGGGAGAAUGACCUGGAGAGUGAGGAUGAACGCUUGACUUCCCAGCGGCCCAUCAAUGUGGCUCUUGUGGAGUCAAACAACAUUAACCAUAACGGAGCUGCUGGCUUGUAUGUCAAAAGCAGCGAAGCUCUGAAUAUCAUUGGAAAUGCCAUCCACGCCAACCAUGACUACGGGGUUGCCGUGUUUCAAAGCUCGCAACUCACCCGAAUGGCAAAUAACAGCAUUUCUUGCAAUAGCCUUGGGGGAGUCCUGGUGGAAGCCGAGUGCCGGGUGGAACUCCGUGGCAAUGGGAUCUAUGACAACAGCAGCCAUGGCAUUAGCUCCAAGGGCGAUGGGGUCAUCACGGAGAAUGACGUCCUAGGAAAUCAGGGAUGUGGCCUCCGACUCUUGCAGGCAGCCGACAUGAAGGUAACCAAGAACAGAAUCCACUCCUUCCGAGGUUACGGGAUUGAGAUGCUUGAUCAAACAAAGGCUUUAGUACAAGAUAACUUGAUUUUUCAAGGGAAGAGCAAAAAGACUAUUUUACAGCAAGUGUCCAGCAUGGAAGAUUGUGUCAUUCAGAAUAAUAAGAUCCUUGCUUUCAGAAAAAAGUCUGAUGUUGCCUGGACCUUAGAGAACCCUCCAGCCAGGCCCCACAUUGAAGAAUCGUCUCGAGGGGUGUCAACAGCUGGAAGCAGCCAGAAAGGAUCAAAUGUGACAGCCAGAAUAGCUGCUAGAGUAGAUGGGGGUUGUCAUAACAAUGGUAGUAUCUUCUGCACUAUUCUGUGAGGGUUUGCAGAUUUGCCUCCAUCUUCCUGAUUAUGUUCACUGCAAUAUUGAACAAAUUCACAUUCAAAUGUUUUUCAGCUGACUGGCUAGCAUUGUGAGCACAUAAGAAUUAAUGGGAAUGAGCCUGGAGCCAGCUACAACCUUGUCCAGCUGACUAUGCCCUAUUGAGUGUUUUGAGAGCUUGCCUCAGCUUUCACAUCUGCAUCCUUGUAUCAGGCCCAAGUUCAUUCCUUAGAAAAUGGUAUUUUUGCAGCAUCAAAAGAUAUGCUUGCUUCUUAUGCCUGCUUAUUCCUUUCCUUUGUCGACCUGAUUAUUCAGAAUUACGUCUAAGGGAGGGGAUUGAUCUAAUAACAAAGGCAUUUGAGGGUCAUCUACUUGCAUUUUUGCCUCGUACGGAUUUUAAGAAGGAAUAGUUGCAAAGAAGGGGAAGAGGGAGGCUGCUUUCUGUGUCAGGUAUUAAAUUCCCAGAUAAUUUUUUACCUUCCUUUCUUCUGUUUCAGUUCACACCUUUCAAUGUGGCCCAAAGUAGGAGUGAAGUGCAAGCAAUAUUAUCAGAAGGAAUUGUAUCCAUUCUUACAAAUACAACAUCACUUGCUAUUUAUAUAAUGUGUAGGUGAGGAGUGGGUGGGGAUUCACUUAAGCUUACAUUCUUAGUGAUUUGCCAAAAAGCCACUUAGUUUAAUGUCAGUGAAAUCCUGGGUGCCUUGACCUAUUUGUUGGCCUGCUUGGCAUCACUACCUUGACAUUGGCUGUUGUGUAUGAUUGUUAUCUCCCCUCUGGUGCCUUCUAGAUAUGCUGAACGUAUCAUCCAAAGCAGCAUGUUUUUGCAAUGAUUGGAGUUGUCAUCCAAUACACACAGAGGGAACAUAUAUAAUUUAUCGAGGAGUAAAUCUCAUUGCAAAUAGCAGAGCAGAGUUACCAGUAAAUAUAUGAACAUUGUUUAAGGUUCUAGAGCAGUGAUAGCUAACCUUUUUCGCCUCGCGUACUGAAAUUGCGCACACAGAACAGCAAUGUGCCCUGCACAUGUGCACACAACCCCCUGCGCUCCCCUCUCACGCCCAUGCAAUACAUGACCCCGCCUGCACCCCAUUUUGAGCCUCUCUGAAGCACAGCCAGCUCCAAUUGAACUGAGUCUAAAAAGUGGGAGCAUGCUCCUCAGAGGUGAUAACAUCACUUUGGUAGACUCAGUUCUGUUAGUUACUGACUGAGUUAA